GCAAUCCCACCACUAGUUGUCAAAAUAUAAUUUCGAAGAUGCGGCCCACUUUCCUGGCCAUUUUGUGCUUCCUGGCGUGGAAUCCCUGCUCCAAGGCGAACGGCAACCUAAGUCCUGGGUCCGUAGGCGUCCACCGUCGCUUUGAGUACAAAUACUCAUUCAAGCCGCCGUAUUUGGCCCAGAAAGACGGCACCGUACCGUUUUGGGAGUAUGGGGGAAAUGCUAUUGCCAGUUCGGAAAGUGUGCGCGUGGCACCAUCGCUGCGCUCUCAAAAGGGUGCCAUCUGGACAAAAUCCCAGACAAAUUUCGACUGGUGGGACGUGGAGAUUGUGUUCCGUGUGACGGGUCGUGGCCGGAUCGGAGCCGAUGGUUUAGCCUUCUGGUACACCACGGAGAAGGGCGACUACAACGGACCGGUGUUUGGGUCAUCCGACCGCUGGAACGGUCUAGCCAUCAUGUUCGAUUCUUUCGACAAUGACAACAAGCACAAUAAUCCAUACAUCAGUGCUGUGCUCAAUGAUGGCACCAAAUUGUAUGACCAUGCCAACGAUGGAACUACGCAACUCCUGAGUGGUUGUCUCAGGGAUUUCCGUAACAAACCAUUCCCCACUCGGGCGCGUAUUGAAUACUACAACAAUGUGCUCACCGUGCUCAUCCACAAUGGAAUGACCAACAACAACGAUGACUACGAGCUGUGUCUGAGGGCCGAUGGAGUUAAUCUGCCUAAGAACGGUUACUUUGGCAUCUCAGCCGCGACGGGAGGUCUGGCCGAUGACCACGAUGUGUUCCACUUCUUGACCACCUCGCUGCACGCCGCUGGACAAAUUCAGGAGCAGCCCAAGGUGGAUAACCAGGAAAAGCUGACCCAGGAGUACAAGGAGUACCAGGAGAAACUUGAGAAGCAAAAACAAGAAUACAAAAAGGAGCAUCCCGAAAAGGAGGACGAAGAUUGGGAGGAGUUUUACGAAUCAGAAAAUCAGCGUGAGCUGCGUCAGAUCUGGCAGGGACAAAGUCAAAUAGCCGACCAUCUGCGCGAGCUGUCCCGUAAAGUGGACGAGAUUAUUGGCCGCCAAGAGACCACGUUGUCGCUGGUCUCGCGCAAUGCUGGCCAGGCUCCGCCACCGCCCGCCACUGGCGGAGUGGCUCAGCAACCGUUGCCCGUUGGCGCUGUGAGCAGGAGCGAUGUAGAUCUUUUACUCACUAAUCAGAACCUGCUGCUUAGUUCCAUCCGCGAGAUACGCCAACUGGUUGGCGAUAUCAAUGUGCGCACUGAUAACAUUCAAACAAAUCAGAAGCACGCGCCAACAGCACAAAUCCAAUCCACCGGCUAUGAUGUGCAAACGCUCAUCGCCGAGAUGCGCGAUGGCAUGAACCAGGUCAAGCAGGGCAUCACUCAUGUGGGCCAGAGAUUGGGAGCGCCCCAAGGAGCAGCGCAAGUGGCCAAUUGUCCCACGGGCAACUGCGUUGGAGUCACAUUGUUCCUAAGCGUAACUGUUGUGCAAUUGCUGCUAGUCUUCAUCUACAACGUCUUCAAAAAUCGCAGCGAAGCACAGGCGAAAAAGUUCUAUUAGGCAAGAUCGCGACUCAUUGGGAUCGUAACGAGUAACAAACACACAAGCAUACACCCACACAAAACACGAGGAAACACAUUCGCACACCUGACUAGGCGGCAACUAAAUUUAGUUAAAAUGAAAGAUUUAAGACUUCUGCAUAGCAUGUUCUACCAUUACGUGUAACUGUUUGUUUUUUAUAUAGAAGUCUGUAUGAUAAGUCAGGUCCCGAAUACAAAUUGAAGUCGUUACUUAAUCGAAGAAAGAACAAGAAAUUUGAACAAUGUAAAAGCCUCAUGACAAUGCCACGCAAUACAAAACGAAGAAACCGUCGAAGAAGCCACAAGACAAACUUCCCUAAUAAUAGUCAGCACAAGAUGUUUUUUAAUUCGUUUAGCAAGUCAAGUCGAAAGUUCUACUCCAUUUUCAACUCUGCAUAUCAUGUGUGCAGGCAUUUCUAUAAAACAAAAGAAAAUCAAUCUACAAAAAAAAAAAAACAUAAAAAUCGUAAAAACUAUAAAUGUAUGAAAAUUCCGUAAACUUAGCUAAUUUCUAUAUAAAUCUACUUAAGAGUUGAACGGAGUCUCCUGAGCUCGGCUCUUUAAAACUGAAUUGGCAACAUAAAUCUUUCUUUCCAUUUUCAUGCGCUACGAACUCAGCAAAGCGAUUUAGACAGCUUUUUUGUUAACUAGCCUGAGAGUGAAUUUAUUUAAUAAUUACGAUGAUGGUACCGUCUCACUAAGUUUUUUGUUUCGUUCGCAUAUCACUGGUGCGAUGUAAGGAAGUUUUCUACUGAAUAAUCUUAAUAUAAAUACUGAUAAAUUAUAAAACAAUUGAAGUGAAGUGUGUUUUUAUAUAUGUUGUCCAUUCCAGUCUCGAUAGAAAUGUUUAAACUGAAAAAUAAAAAUCAAUUUAUAGAAAA